AUCGUAUGCUCUGUACCUAGCAUGUUCCUAGAUAGGCAGGUCUUUUACCAAAUCGGAAAAAGAGCCUAGGGCGGGUUGCCAACCAACCCCUGCACAUUCGCAUUUCUCGGUGCCUCGGGUGUUGUUCUAGAACCCACAGCACGAACCCGAGGUUGUCAAUCCCUCCCUCACCUAUCGCCAACCGACGACUUGCUUAUCAAACUCUCUUAUUUUGACACCUUUGUCGACGAGCUAUCAAACCACCUACCAUGUCUGUCGACGGUGUCAAGUCACACCCCGAGUACAAGCACCUCGCAGCCAUCCCGUGGUGCGCCAGAAUCCUCGCAGGGUUCGACUCCCCCUCCCACGUCGUCCAGGUGUCCCCGAACAGGACCGUCCUCCCGACAAGAGAGAACCAACACGUGGGCGGCACCCUCAACACCCCGGACACCAUCGCCGCCUGGCUGGUCCUGCACCCGCGUCCCCAGGCCCCCGACUGGAAGGUCGACGAGCUGUGCUCGCUCGUCACCUUCAACCAUGGCGUGAUGGGCUUCCCCGAGAUGGCGCACGGCGGCGUCGUCGCUUUGGUCCUGGACGAGGUCACCGGCUUACACAUCGUCGCGCAGAGACCGGCGGGGGCCGAGCCGAACAAGGGCUUCCGGACCGGCUACUUGAACACGUCCUUCCACAAACCCGUUCCGGCGCCGGGGACGGUGCUCGUGAGGUCGCGGAUUGCCAGGGUGGACGGCCGGAAACACUUUGUCGUUGCGCGGAUGGAGGACGAGCAUGGCGAGCUUCUGGCGAAGGCGGAGGUGUUGUACAUUUCGGUCGAGAGCAAGCUAUGAGAUGUUUCCCCGAUACAAUUUACUCGCUACGAGAUGAGUGUGCCAAGAGGAUUGCAAAGGCUUGUAUUUCUUAAAGUAAACAUUUUUUUUCCUAAGCACAUUUUUCAUUGUAUAAGUCAUCAUUUGGACGGGAAAUCGAACUGGUUCGACUUCAUCAUCCUGAGUUUGUAGGGACUUUAGGGAGACGUAUGGUUCUGCUCAGAAUCGACAAUUGACGGCAAGAUGGGGCAAGUGAACCCUAACCAUAAGGCUUUAAGCGCAGCAUUGGACGAACAUGAGAAACUGCAGUAUUGUGUUGAGGGGGGAAUUCCUGGGAUCGAAACGCUAGACUAGAUGGCCGUCUAUUCAAUGUCAAGCUGGAGGUUCUCCGAUCUCAUCUCCUUGGGCAAUUUGUGGCCAAUUUACAACGU